AUGCCGAAGAAGAGCAAGGUCAAGAGGCAGAGCAGUGAAGAAGAGCAGCUCGCUCCCAAACAGAGCCGAGUGGAGCCCGGCGACCCCCCCGCUCUCCUCUCCCCCCUGAGCUUCCACGGCCCUGCAGACCUGUUCAGCAGCCUCCUGCAGCCUCUGAACUCAGACACAUUCUUUCGGGAGUUCUGGGAGAAGAAGCCACUCCACCUGCAGAGGUCUGACCCCUCCAUAGCCGCCUACUACAAGUCUCUGUUCCAGCUGUCGGACCUGCAGGCUCUGUGCUCUGAGGGUCUUCAGUACUACAGCGAUGUCAACGUGGUCCGCUGCAUCAACGGCCAAAAGAAAGAUCUCAACAAGGAGGGCCGUGUCAAACACAGCGUCCUCAACAAGAGCCUGCUCCAGAAUAAAGCCACCAUCCAAUUCCACCAGCCCCAGAGGUUUAAGGACGAACUGUGGAAGAUCCAGGAGAAUCUGGAGUGUUUCUUCGGGACCUUGGUGGGCUCAAAUGUCUACAUGACACCGGAGGAUUCUCAGGGUCUCCCAGCUCACUACGAUGAUGUCGAGGUUUUUAUUCUGCAGCUGGAGGGACAGAAACACUGGCGUCUCUACAGUCCUACUGUUGCCCUGGCAACAGAGUACAGCGUGGAGUCAGAGGACAGGAUCGGCAGCCCCACACAUGACAUCACACUGAAGGAAGGAGAUCUUCUGUACUUCCCCAGAGGAACCAUCCAUCAGGCCAGCACUCCAUCAGGAGUCCAUCACUCCACCCACCUGACCCUCAGCACCUACCAGAGAAUGUCAUGGGGAGAUCUGCUGUUGGAUGUUCUUCCCAGCAUGCUUUCUGAAUCCAGCAGGACUGAUGUCAGCCUGAGAGAGGGCAUGCCCCAAAGAAUCCUGCUGGGCAACGGUGGAAGUGAGGACACCUGCAGGCGGCUGGCAGCUCACCUCAGGUCCGUGGCUGAUGUGAUGGAAACGGGGAAACUUGAAGUUAGAUGCACUCACCUGAAGAGAGACUUCAUCACGAACAGACUGCCUCCAUACAGCGAGCAGCAGAUCGCUCCAUCUGGAAGGAUCCCUGCCCUGGAGGAUGUGGUGUGUUUGAGGUUUAAAGAGCACAUGGUGAUAACAGUGGAGCCCUCCCAGCAGAGAACAGAAGAGGCCACAGAGCAGGUUGUGUUUGUGUUACACUCCCUGAAGAACCAGAGGGAGAGCCACAUGAUGGGUGAAGGUGAUGAAGAGGAGGACCGGGAUAUCUCCAGGGGUCUACAGUUCCCUCUGUCCCACCUCCAGGCCCUGCAGCAGCUUCAGAAGGAGGAGCAGGUCCCCGUGGUCCAGCUCCAGCUGCACUCACAGGAGGAAAAACUCAGUCUAGUCCUUGCCCUGUGGUCGGAGUGCCUGCUGGUGGCGCUAUAACCCAGCACUACAUCUAUUUUAUCAUUUUAUUGUCUUUCUUUGACUCUGCGUGUUCUUUACUGACUCCUCUUUAAUAAAGCCGACGCAGGUCCAGCCCUGACUAUGAAUGUUACAUGCUUGGCAAAAUUGAGGCAUUCAAAUGGACUACUGCUCUCGUUCCAGAAUACAAACACUGACAAAGUAAUGAUUUGUUGAUGGAAGUAUGUCUGACUCCACUGGAGGAGGUUGUGAUAUACCACCCUAGCUACGAUUGGACUGGUUCUGGUUGACCUUACCGUCAAGUUAGCAAGUGGCAAACUGGUUGUAUGUUGAAUGGUGAAAUCAUGUACUUCUUUUCAUAUUCUUUGCGUUACCCUUGGUACAAAUGCAGUGCACGCUAUCCCCCUAGCUUAUUGUGAAAUCUGAAGGCAGACGACAGCACAUCUUCUUUUAUGCUACGCAUUUAUGCUUUUCAACUGAAAUGAUCUAGUAUGAGGAAAUAAAAGCAUGAAUGUUUGA